GAAAAAUAAGACAAGCUAUUCUUAUCAAAAAACCGCUUUGUCAUGUUUCACUCUUACCCCACGUGCGUGUGUGUGACAACAAGUAUUAGUCAGCAGUUCUCCCACAGUCAGUCACGUGUCCUCUAGAUUAACCGGAUGCAGUUGUUUUGAAAUUACCAGCUCGCUGCUCUCGCUCAGACACGCGCACGCACACCGUUGUGUCUCGUCUCGAGCUUGUGGGUCAGGGUGCUUUCUGACCACCUUUGUUUUUUUGUGAAAAUGGCUGUUAAUAAAACAUACAUUAGUAUCGGCUAUGCGUCGUUUGGUGUGCUCAUGGGGUUUUCGGCGUUCCUGGUGUGGAACAUCGCGUUCAAUCAGCCGUGGACUGCUGCCAUGGGAGGACUGUCAGGUGUGCUGGCACUUUGGACCCUGAUCACUCACGUCAUGUACCUGCAGGACUACUGGAGGACCUGGCUGAAGGGCCUCAAGUUCUUCUUCUUCAUCGGGGUCUUCAUCUCUCUGUUAGCAGUCGUGGCCUUCCUCAGUUUCCUGUCUAUUGCCAUCAGCAACAAGCAGUCCCUGGCUGACCCUCGGAGUCUCUACCUGUCCUGUGUGUGGAGCUUCAUGAGCCUGAAGUGGUCCUUCCUGCUCGCCUUGUCCGCUCACCGCUACCGCAAAGAGUUUGCCGACAUCAGCAUCCUCAGUGACUUCUAAGGGCACUCAAACAUCCCGCAGUGACCACACAGACUUUGGAGUACACUCGCUGCGCUGGCUUCCCAGCCUGAGAGUCCAAAUGAAGGACAUUUUAAGUGGAAUCAGAAGAAAGGUGGGACUACUUUUUGUUGUGGAUGAGAACCCUGAUCCUGGUUACUCCCUUGCCUUCUUGGCCCAAACCUCCUCAUCCUUUUUUUUUUAUCGUGUUUGCAGGGUUUGUUGCUGACUUGGCCACUUUACAGACAGAUCCAGCCCUAUUUCAUAAGAUGUUUGAUAGAUUUUCAUUUCCUCAGCACCCUGCUUAGUCAUGUAUCUGCACAAUUUCUUCAUGACACAAUAAAUCCAAAAAAUGGUAAUGUUUUUCAUGACUCAGUGAAGGGAAUUACUGUGCUUCCACACAAUCUUCAGUGGUAAAUAUGUGUUGCAGUUCCAUGCUGUAGCCACUAGAGGGAGCCAUCCUUCCAACAGUUAAACACCAUGUACAGUACAGGACGUGUGCUUGACAUCCCAAUCUUAUUAUUUAAAAAAAAAAGUUCUUGUUCAAUGAAUGAUGAAAUGUUGCACAUACAGCGGUCAAAUUGAUGAAAUCUGCAUAUCACAGUGCAUCGCUCCUAAUGGUGAAUACAUGAUGUAUAUCCAAGAUCCUCUUUAACAGAGUGUCGAGGUCUUGCAGAGGGCAGGUCACCUGAAAUCCUGCAGCAUCAACGCGAAUGCUUUCAUGUAACAAGCACCACAUGUCCUGGUUUGAUGUGUUUGGGACCCAUGAAGGGGCAUUUUUAAUGUAAAGAAGGAUUUUUGUCUAAUUUUUUUAUCAGUGUGAACAUGGGCCUCAAUCAUGGCUUUGAUUUGUGACGGUAGCGACACCACUAAUGUGCAUGCAUGUUGCAUUGUAUUGUCCUCAUCUGAACUGCUAAUGACACUUCUAUUGUUGCUUCAUGAGAUUAUUUUGCUGUAUUUCCUUAUAUCUCUGUACAUGUUGGAAAUUAAGAAUGAAUGAACGCAGUGUUCUUGGAUGUAUCUGAGAGUCAUGUUAAUAAAACGUUUUUUUGUCAUCCA